AUGGCUUCCAAUUCUCAACCAUCAGGAAGUAAUCCUCCACCAAAACCUUGGGAACGGGCGGGUUCUUCGUCUGGCCCCGGGGCGCCUUUUAAACCGCCGUCAGGUGGAAGCACAAGUGAUGUUGUUGAGGCUUCAGGGACUGCAAAGCCUGGGGAGAUUGUUACUAGUACUGACAGAAAUGCGGCUGUCAAUAGGAAUGCUCUCGCCAGACCUGUUCCCACGAGGCCGUGGGAGCAGAAUUAUGGAAAUACAAGCUACGGAGGUGGUGCCUUAGGCGGAUAUGGGUCUUCGAUGAAUUAUAAUUCUGGAUAUGGAUCUGGAGGAAUGUAUGGAUCUUCUUAUGGUGGUGGUUUAGGAGGUGUUGGAGGAAUGUAUGGUGGUGGUGGAAUGUAUGGGAACAGUAUGUACAGAGGAGGAGGAUAUGGCGGAGGCCUUUAUGGAUCAUCUGGAAUGUAUGGAGGAGGUGGAAUGUAUAACAGUGGCCUUGGGGGUCAAAUGGGUGGUUAUGGCAUGGGAGUUGGUCCUUAUGGUGAUCAAGAUCCCAAUAAUCCAUAUAAUGAACCUCCAUCCCCGCCAGGAUUUUGGAUUUCUAUGCUGCGUGUGAUGCAAGGUGUUGUUAACUUUUUUGGCCGGAUAUCAAUACUCAUAGACCAGAACACGCAGGCUUUCCAUUUGUUCAUGACCGCAAUGCUCCAGCUGUUUGAUCGCUCCGGCAUGUUGUAUGGGGAGCUAGCUAGAUUUGUGUUGCGAUUGCUCGGGGUCAAAACAAAGCCCAAGAAGGUUAACCCAUCAGGUCCGAAUGGACAUCCAUUUCACGGACAACAACAUCCUUCUGGAAACAUGAACUACAUUGAGGGAGCAAAGACUGCCCCAAGUGGUUCUUGGGACAAUGUCUGGGGAAAUGACACCAGUGAAUGA